AUGGCUGCUCUGUGGACCCUCAUCCUGGUCACUGCCUCAGGAAUCCAAGCCAUAGAUACAUCUCAUCCCAGGAAUUCUGCUCAACAUCAUCUCAUCAAGAAGCUAUUACAGAAAUACCACAAGGAAGUGAGACCCGUUCACAAUUGGAGCAAGGCCAUUACAAUACACCUUGAUCUAUUAAUCCAUGCAGUAUUGGAUGUGGAUGCACAAAAUCAGAAAUUGAAGACAAGUGUAUGGUACCGAGAGGUUUGGGAUGAUGAGUUUUUGUCUUGGAACACCAGCAUGUUUGAUGAAAUUAGAGAGCUCUCCCUACCUCUAAGUGCCAUCUGGGCCCCUGAUAUCAUUAUUAAUGAGUUUGUGGACAUUGAAAGAUCACCUGACUUUCCCUAUGUUUAUGUGAACUCAUCUGGGACCAUUAAGAACUUUAAGCUCAUCCGGGUGGUGUCUGUAUGCAAUUUAGAGACAUACGCUUUCCCAUUUGAUAUCCAGAAUUGCAGCCUAACCUUCAAUAGUGUUCUGCACACAGUGGAAGAUGUAGACCUGGCCUUCUUGAGGAGCAGAGAAGACAUUAAGCAUGAUAAAAAGGCAUUUUUGAAUGACAGUGAGUGGGAACUUCUUUCUGUGCCCUCAACAUACAACAUCCUGGAGAGCAGCGCUGGAAAUUUUGCCCAGAUUCAGUUUAAUGUGGUGAUUCGCAGGCGCCCAUUGGUCUACAUAGUGAGCCUGCUGAUUCCCAGCAUCUUCCUAAUGCUUGUGGACCUGGGAAGCUUCUACCUUCCACCCAACUGCCGUGCCAGGAUUGUGUUCAAGACAAGUGUGCUCGUGGGCUAUACUGUCUUCAGGGUCAACAUAUCUGAUGAGGUGCCAAGGAGUGCAAUGAGCACCCCUCUGAUUGGGAUCUUCUUCACAGUCUGCAUGGUGUUCUUGGUCCUCAGCUUAUCUAAGUCCAUCCUACUGAUCAAAUUCCUUCAUGAUGAGCAGCACAGUGGGCAGGAACGGCCCCUUUUGUGCCUUCGAGGGGACACAGAUGGUGAUGGGACUAGAAUGGAUCCCAGGACCCAGCUUGCUGGGGCAACAGAGUCAUCUUCCAGCUGUCAAGAGCAGCAGGUCCAGUCAGGGACCCUGAAAGAAGUCUGGUCGCAGGUGAGAUUCAUAAAUGACUACCUCCGGGCUCAGGAGCAGGCUGACCAACAGGAAAUCAAGUGGCUGGCCCUUCUAUACCGCUUUGACCGACUGCUCUUUCGAAGCUACCUCAUUGUACUGGGGCUCUACACCAUCACCCUGUGUUCCCUCUGGUCCCUGUGGAGCGGCUUGUGA